GCCCUAAUAAAAGGAAUAGACAGGAUAUUCCAAACUGUUAGCCUGGAGGCGAGAAAAUAGGGAGGGUUAAACGCAAAGAGAAAGGGGGUGAUAACAUCGCCAUGGAUCAGGGCAGCGGCGGCGGCGAGGCGAGCGACGAGAAGCUGGCUCACUUCCAGAGCUUGACGGGCAUGGAGGACAUGGCCGUGUGCACGCGCAUUCUAGAGCGCCAUGGCUGGGAUCUGGACUCGGCGGUCACGGCGGCGGUGUCGGACGAUUCGCACAGCCAUGCCCGGGAGAAUUCUCGCCAAAAUCUCCAGCCGCAGCGCCUCAGUCCCAGGUACUCGCCCUCUCUGCCCCAUCGCAACAGUGGCACAGCUCCACCGCUAGGGCUCGCGCAAUUGGCCACGACGAGCGGCGACGAGGACAUGCUCGUGGAUCACCAGCCCCGCCCGGGGCCGAUUCCCCCUGGCAACGACGCCGCCGCCACUAACAGCGGGAAUCUGGUGUGGAAGAUCGUCACGCUCCCCUUCUCGAUCGUUCGUGGGGGGCUUUUCAUGGUUUCCGGCGCCAUGGGGCUUGGUGUUUGGGUGGCUGGAUCGCUCCUUUCGUACUCUCUAGGGGCUCUUGGCAUUGGCAACCAGCAAGGUGGUGGUGGUGGUGGUGGAAGAUUAACCGAGGCGAGAGAUCGUUUCCUUCCAGUUCCUACUGCCGGAGCUGUCCAGGCAAUCCAGUUCAUCCGGAGCUUUGAGCAAGAGUAUGGGAGCGUCCGCCCGGACUUCCAGGCUCUCAGCUUCAUGGAGGCGCUGCGGCGGUCGACGGAGGGGUUUAAGUUCCUGUUCGUCUACUUGCACUCGCCGGAGCACGUCGACACGCCUGCGUUUUGCCAGGCUACGCUCUGCUCGGAGCCGGUCAGCCAGUUCUUGAGCCAGAACUUCGUCGUGUGGGGGGCGGACGUGAGGAACACCGAGGGGUUCCAGAUGUUUAACAGCUUGAAGGCGUCGACGUUUCCCUUCUGCGCGGUCGUCAUGGCUUCUUCCAACCAACGGAUAGCUCUCUUGCAACAGGUGGAAGGAUUCAAAUCUCCAGAGACACUGCUCUCACUGCUGCAAAGAGUUUUGGAGGAGCAAGGUGCCGCUUUGGUGGCGAUGCGCGUCGAGGACGAGGAGAGAAGGCGCAACAGGCAAUUGCGCGAGGAGCAAGACGCAGCAUAUCAGGCCGCCUUGCUAGCAGACCAGGAACGGGAGAGGAAAAGAGUGGAAGAAGCCGAGAGGGUGGCCAGGGAGGCCGCCGAGUCGGAGAGGCAAAUGCGAGAGAAAGAGCUUGCGGCGCAAAGAGCUGCGCAGGUGGCCGCCGAGAAGCAAGCGGCCAUGGAGAAGCUUCGAAAGGAGAAGGCCCUGGCCCUGGGAGCCGAGCCGGAGAGAGGCCCACAAGUCACACAGGUGCUAGUUCGGUUUCCAAAUGGUGAACGCAAAGAGCGAAGGUUUAGCUGCACGUCCGCCGUGCAGUGUGUGUACGAUUUCGUGGACUCUCUGGGCAGCCUUGGAGAUGCUCGCUACAGUCUCGUGUCCAAUUUUCCCAGGAAGGUGUACGGCGCGGACAAGCUCCACAUGUCCUUGGCCGACGCAGGGCUCCACCCGCACGCCAGCCUUUUUGUCCAGGUGGACACUCCAUAGCUUUUCUUGUGUGUAGGAGAGGAAGAGAGAGAGGAAGAGAGAGAGAGAGCGGGAGCUACUCUUAUCAUAUUUAGACUCUUUCCAAUAACACUUUUGUACUUUCUGGGGAUGGAGAAAUGGUCAACUUGUACAAAUUUUAAUUAA